UUCCAUACUUAGCCUAAACAUGUGUCAUAUUUAUAAACAAAAGCUAUGAUACAUAAGAACAGGAAGUAUGGUAAUUGAUCUGAACCGUCCAUUUGAAAUCCUACCUUUGAAGCUUGUCCCAAGAGCUGAAUGGGGAGCUCAGGCCGCUACGUCAAGAGAGAGAUACAAAGAGUAUCCCAUUCGAUGGGUCGUUGUUAGGUUUACAGAGUCGGAGGAGUGCUUCAGCAAAGAGGAAUGUUCAAAAGUGCUUCAGCGACUUCAGCGAGAACAGAUGGAACAGGGGCUUACAGACAUAAAACACAACUUCAUGGUAGGAGGCGACUGGUCUGUGUAUGAAGGAAGAGGGUGGAAAUACAAAGCAGGAGAUCCCCUCACUCCGGACGUCGAAGGGGUGUGUCUUGACGUUGGCUACAUCGGACCCUCCCCUCAGAUCAGGCAGAUUAACUAUCCAUCAAUCGAAAUGAAAAACGCAUACCACAGAAUAUUGGAAUUCGGAGUAAAUCAUGGACUUGUAGAUAGAAAUUUUAACACCGAUUCAGAAUUUUCAAGUGACCGUAUCCAUGCAAUACUGGAUCCCUAUCUAGUGAGUGAUGUGUUGAAGGGUGAUGACUAAGGAUAAAUCAAUGGUGAAAAAUGCAAUUUCUAUCUAAGGUGUUACAGUUUUCAGCAGAAACUAAUUGAAACUCUCAAAUUUUAGAUAUUUCGUAUGUCUUCUUCUUCAAGGGAAAGGUAUCUCGUAUGCUAUUGGUCUUUGUCUCCAUGGGUCCCAAUUGCGGUUGGCAAGCACUGGCAGAAAUUGGUAAUGUUUUCUAAUCAGGCGUGGCUUGUGUCGUUGUCCGUAUCUAAUAAGCUCUUGCAUUACUUCCAUUACCUUUGUACCAGGAAAUGCUCCUGGAAUUUAAUAUACAUUACCAUUAAUUAAAGUAAAA